CUGACAGACCGCGCGAUGUACAAUACGGUGUGGAGCAUGGACCGCGAUGACGCAGACUGGAGGGAGGUGAUGAUGCCCUAUUCGACAGAACUGAUAUUUUAUAUUGAAAUGGAUCCUCCAGCACUUCCACCAAAGCCACCUAAGCCAAUGACUUCAGCUGUUACAAAUGGAGUGAAGGAAAGUGCUCUCUCCCUUCAGGAUGCAGAAUGGUACUGGGGGGAUAUUUCAAGGGAGGAAGUAAAUGACAAAUUACGGGAUAUGCCAGAUGGUACCUUCUUGGUGAGAGAUGCCUCCACAAAAAUGCAAGGAGAUUAUACUUUGACUUUGCGGAAGGGAGGCAAUAAUAAGUUAAUAAAGAUAUAUCAUCGAGAUGGUAAAUAUGGCUUUUCUGAUCCUCUGACAUUUAAUUCUGUGGUGGAGCUCAUUAACCACUACCAUCAUGAAUCUCUUGCUCAGUACAAUCCCAAACUUGAUGUGAAGCUCAUGUACCCCGUGUCCAGAUACCAACAGGAUCAGUUGGUAAAAGAAGAUAACAUUGAUGCCGUGGGGAAAAAACUCCAAGAGUACCACUCUCAGUACCAAGAAAAGAGCAAAGAAUACGACAGGCUGUAUGAAGAAUAUACCAGAACGUCCCAGGAAAUACAGAUGAAGAGGACUGCAAUCGAAGCCUUCAACGAAACAAUUAAGAUUUUCGAAGAGCAGUGUCACACACAGGAGCAGCACAGCAAAGAGUAUAUCGAGCGGUUUCGCAGAGAGGGGAACGAGAAGGAAAUUGAACGAAUUAUGAUGAAUUAUGACAAAUUGAAGUCGCGUCUGGGUGAGAUUCAUGACAGCAAAGUGCGUCUAGAGCAGGAUUUGAAGAAACAAGCGUUGGACAACCGGGAAAUAGAUAAAAAAAUGAAUAGUAUCAAACCGGACCUGAUCCAGCUGCGCAAGAUCCGAGACCAGCACCUUGUAUGGCUCAAUCACAAAGGAGUGAGGCAGAAGCGCCUGAACGCCUGGUUAGGAAUCAAGAACGAAGACGCUGAUGAAACAUAUUUUAUUAAUGAAGAAGAUGAAAACCUGCCCCAUUAUGAUGAGAAAACCUGGUUUGUCGAAGAUAUCAAUCGAGUGCAAGCUGAGGACCUGCUUUAUGGGAAGCCGGAUGGCUCAUUCCUGAUUCGUGAAAGUAGCAAGAAAGGAUGCUACGCCUGUUCUGUGGUCGCGGACGGAGAGGUCAAGCACUGUGUGAUCUACAGCACGGCGCGGGGCUACGGCUUCGCAGAGCCCUACAACCUGUACGGCUCCCUGAAGGAGCUGGUGCUCCACUACCAGCAGACGUCCCUCGUCCAGCACAAUGACUCCCUCAACGUCCGGCUGGCCUACCCGGUCCACGCACAGACGCCCUCGCUCUGCAGAUAAAGGGGCAGGGCGUGGGCGGUGGCUCUCGAGCCGUUUUUCUACAGUUUUUAUUAGACAGUGAGGGCAUUCUUUCUACGUAGACUGCUUGUUUUGCACAAGAAGUGGUUCUGUGAAUGUGAAGUGGAGAGGCCGAGCCGCGGCCGGCCAGGGUGGGGCAGAGGGCCUGGGUCCUGUGGACUGAGCCGGGCCGCUGCACUGACCGAUGAAGCUGGAAGCAGAUGUUUUCUUGGAGAAGCGUUUCAUCAGGAGUUUUCUUUCGUUUAACCAGGCAUCCUCAACAGAACGCAGGAGGCGUGAGGGGUGUGGCGGCCUGGAUCGGGAAGCCUCUGAGACGGGGAGGGGUCAUGGCUCUGUGGGGACUUCCCUGCUGGUGGUCUUUCUUAAUUCCCCCCUUCCCCCCAGAGGGAUGUUUCAGUUUGUAGUAAAAUGGCUUUUGGUGGCAAAGACGACCAAAGGAAGACGGGAGGCUGGGGAUUUCACGGGAAACAGCUUGGUCGGGGGCAGAGGCCUUUAUAGAGGCUCUUCAUCCCUUAGCCGAUAAAGUUUAGGGUAUUGGCCUGACAGUAGCUCCUCCCUCUAGAAGCAUCAAGUUUGGAAACCAAAUUGACCCCAGAAGAACAUCGCUGUUGGACUACAGUCUGAUGGAAGAGGCGGCACGCGUAUCUGAAUGCACACUUCCGUACCAAAACUUGAACAUGAAAGGAAAACUAGACUUUGUUAGUUUUUAGCAAACACUAAAAUUGGUCAGUGUAACUCCUGCCCUGCCCUUAUUUCUCAGAGAUGAGGAAUAGUGGUUUUUUUUGUUUUGUUUUGUUUUGUUUCUGUGUGUGGGCAUGGUGAGCUUUGAAUCAUAAAAUGAAGUUGGUGCUUGUGUGGUGUUUCCUUAGCUUAAAGAAUGAUCUGUUGUUUGAAACCUUUGUAAUUUGUUUGUAUGAGUAAAGAAAAGGUGCAAUCCAGUGCUUUUAGAUGGCUUGAUAUACCAAAUAACGACCUAGAACGACAUUCUUGCGUGUGCUUCCCUGAGUCGAAAUGCCUGCAGAAGCAUGUGGUCUGUUUCCGUCCAUCUCCCUGUCCUCUGCUGGCUAGGGUCUAGGGAAACGUGGUGGCACAGGCUGGGACAGGAAGGGGGCCGGCGUGGCCAGGAGCCGCAGUAAAGCACAGACACAGGCACGCUGGUGUUGGGGCGAGGGGCGGACCCUGAACCCCUCGUGCUUCCGUACGGUGGUUUCUGAAGCGUCUGAAGGAGAACUGGGUGGCUUGAAGUUACACUGUCAGGAAAAGCCAUCUGGAAGCUUUUAUCUUUGCCUUUUUUUUCCCUUUUUUUUCUUUUUGGUGAUCCUGCCAUUAAGAUGAUGUGCACAAACUGUCCUCAUGCUUCAGUGGCCCUGAUUUUAGGCCAGGAAUCGCCUGCUCCGUGCAGUGUAAGCCUUCCAGCUGAGUGAGGCCGGGCAAACGGGAUUGGAGGCAGCCAUCUCCUCCUGCCCCCGUUAUGCCCAGCCCCCAUCAGUCAACACUCACUUGACAAAUAGAGUCCAGCUGCCUCUGAGCCAAUCCUGGAACCAGAAUGGGGCGGGAGUGAGUCAGCGGUUUGAGCCCGGAGCUGUGCGGCAGGCGGCCCGGCUGAGCUGGCCAAGUCUCCAUGCGGGUCUUGGUGUGAGGUUUACAGCCAGGGAAGCUCGAGCUUUGUGGAUGGAAGAGACAGAGUCGGCUUUCCUGAGCGUUCGUCCAGUGACAGGGUCUGGGAUGGACCAGGACAUAGAAAUAGACGUAGAUGACGUUUUCUUUGGAAAACCAGCGUUGCUCUCAGUGAAGGUAGGAAGGAAAGGACAGAACUCUGGCUUCUCCUUGGUUACUACAUCAGAUUUUCAGGAUUGGGUGCAGACGCAAGUGAUCCCCCUCCAGCGUUCAGUUCUGACAGGCCAGCCAGCUGUAGGGCCUUUCCACAAACUGCCAGAUUGAGAUCUUGACGGAGUUGGACCGAGGAGUGCCGGGCCAGGCAGGGCCAGGCGGUUGUGGGGAGGCCCAGCUGCAAGGCCCCGCACCUGGUGUGAAGCUGCUUUCAGGUUGCUGGAUGCUGACGUAGGAUGCACAGGAAUCUCUCCUCUCAGGUACUCAAGUCUAGCGGGCUUUUAAACUAACUGUCCUUGUGAAACGAACCACUGGAAACCAGGAUACUUGCUAUAACAUGGACCCCUAUGCGGAGCGAGGGCAGGGGAGCGUCCGAGCACGCGCUCGGGCUCCUGUCCCCCACACCGGCUGGCUUGUGAAGGGUGACCCUCUAGUCCUACAUUCCUUCCUCUUUCGUUUCUCUCCUGCUUUUCAUUCUUGAAUGUGUUGCCUGGUGGGAACUGAGACCUAGGGCUCAUCGGAGAGGUUGGCAAGUCGUCACGUGAUCUGUUUGAGCUUUCCGUAGGGGACAGUCUGCCAGAUACUCAGGCAGCUCUUUCAUUCUGUGCUCUUGGUCUCCUCUCCCACGGCUUGCUCUGUCCUGCCCCUGCUCUGGGGCAUUCCUGGGGCAGAGGCUGAAAGGACAGACCAAGAUCAGAGGGGCUCAUUUAUUUUCCUGGUAGAGAAUCCGGCAGCCAGUCGCAAACAGCAUGGCGGUUGGCUGGGUGUAGAGCCUAGGCCCAUCUUUUGAGAUGGAUUUUCUUUUUUUUUUUAAAUCACAAAGUAACGUGUUUCCUCCUGGCCAUAGAUGCUAAACCUUGGCUGUAGCCAGGUUUGUAUAAGCUAGCUGUGUCCUCUUCACUGAUUUGGCCAAGGUCGAGGACCUCCCAAUACCUCCUCUUGCCUGUCUCCAAGCCUUGAUGUGACUUCCAACUUCUCUUGGACCUCAUGUGCUCGGAAGACCUUAGUGCCAGUGUAGUGUCUUCCAUGGGUCUCCUUGCUGCAAGAAAAGAACCCGACUUCUCUUGGGCCAAGAACUGCAUCUGGUUGACGCCUGCUUUUCAAGGUCACCUGUUGCCAGUUAAGAUUUCCAGGGUAGGCCUCCUCCAGGCUCCGGAGGCCCCAAAGCAGACGGCUCAGAUGAGUCCAGCCGGGUCCUCUGCCGCUGGCUGCUCAGCCUUGCUAUAGCUCCAGCCACUUGGGAUAAACAACUUUGUCUCCUUAUAAAUUCCAGCAUGUGACUUUGGUGCCCUGUUGUUACUUGUGAAAAAUCUAUUCUGUUGUCUUUGAUGUAGUCAAAAAAAUUCAUGUAGUUUACGUAAAAAUAUCUGAUUCACAAGCCAACUCUGUGUCUUGUGUUGGGACAGUUCAUAAUGUAGUUCCUAGACCACUUUUGCAAAUUGUUCUUGUCACCAGGUGUGUUCAGACAUUGCUGUGCAGUUGUGGGGAUUGGGGGGGAAGGUGAGGGAAUCUACUUUGCUGGUCUUUUUGUUUUUUACCUUCCCCAGGAGGGGACAGUCUGGCCAACUUGCUCCAGUAACGCAAUAAAAACAUUGCAAUAAAGCA